GGUAUUAGAUAGUUCUCCUCGCACACUCUUGGGGGCCUAAAUAAACCUGAAGAAAGCAAUUCCUUAAGCUAUGUCAAAACUCAUGGCCGCCAGUAAUUCUAAUCUUGUGGAUUACUCCUUCCUGUUUUUGAUUUGGAUUGUUUCAAAUCUCAUGGUGCGUUUCUUGAUCAAAACAUGCACCAACUCUCGCGCCACAGUUCGGAACCCACCAACCCCACUAGCUCUACCAAUUCUGGGUCACCUUCAUCUUCUAAGCAAGAAAUUACCAGAGUCAUUCGAAAGCUUAGCUCGAUGCUAUGGCCCGCUCAUGCAGAUACGUGUUGGCGGAACAACUUUUGUUGUCGCUUCCACUGCCGCUGUCGCAAAAGACAUGUUGAAAACACACGAUAGCGAGUUUGCGUCAAGGUGUGAAUUUGGUCCGACGGAAUAUAACAUAUACAGUGGAGCAGGUUUUAUUACAGGCCCUAAUGGUAGCUAUUGGCGGUUCAUGAAAAAGCUAUGCAUGACCAAGCUGUUUGCCGGCCCUCAGCUAGACCGGUUCAACCAUAUCCGAGAGCAAGAGAAUACAAAUCUCCUAAAAUCGCUACUGAAGAGAUCUAGAGAAGAGGAGGCGUGCGAUUUAUCUACGGAGUUGACGACCUUGACGAAUAACUUGAUCUGUAGAAUGGCUCUGAGCAAGAGAUGUUCCGACAACGCCACCGGAGCCAAGGAAGUCCGGACGUUGGUUCUGGAAAUUACGGGGCUUGGGGCAAAAUUGGGUGUUUAUGAAGUGUUUGGUCCUUUGAAGAAACUUGACAUCUUUGGAAAUGGGAAAAAGCUCGUGGAGGGGCUAUGGCGGUAUGAUCGGUUUAUGGAGCAGAUCAUGAAGGACUACGAGGACGACAUGGUAGGCGGCGAAGGGAAAGAAGGGGCAGAUCUGAUGAGUAUUGUGUUGGAGGCUUAUAAAGAUACAAAUGCGGAAGUGAAGCUAACAAGAAAGCAGAUCAAGUUUUUCUUCAAGGAACUAUUUAUGGCAAGCAUUGAUACUUUAUCAGCAGCCAUACAAUGGACCAUGGCCGAGCUCAUCAACCAUCCCCAAGUAUUCAAGAAGCUUAGAGAGGAGAUCCACACGGUUGUGGGGUCCAGCAGGCUAGUCAAAGAAUCGGACGUCCCAAACCUCCCUUACUUGCAAGCGAUUGUGAAGGAAUCCCUAAGACUACAUCCUCCACCACUCAUCCACAGAGAAAGCACCAAGGACUGCAAGAUCAACGGCUUUGAUAUAAAGGCUAAGACUAAAAUGGUGAUCAAUGCCUACGCCAUCAUGCGGGACCCGGACUAUUGGAAUGACCCGGGAGAGUUUGUACCGGAGAGAUUUUUGGUCAACUCCAAUGAUAAUCUCCGCAGUCAACAUCGGAUGGAAAUCAAGGAUCCCGAUUUUAAUUACCUUCCGUUUGGAGGUGGAAGGAGAGGAUGCUUUGGUGCGACGCAUGCAUUACUGGUGACGCAUGUGACAGUUGGAGCCUUGACCCAAUGUUUUGAUUGGAAAGUCAAAGAUGGGGAGAAGAUAGAUGUACACGUAGGGUCAGGAUUUUCCGGGCCAAUGGAGCUUCCUCUUGUGUGUUAUCCAAUUACUCGUUUUGAUCCAUUUGAGGCAAAGGCAACCAUGAAAUUUCCUUCAAAUGGAUCUUAAUUAGUUUGAGCAUACUGCUGAUCAGUUAUGUGCGAUAAAUUCAUCCUAGUCUUUCAAGGUGUUUUCUGGAGUAUUAGCCGAUCCAGGCAAUAAUAUUUGUGGUUUUUAGUAAUAAUACAAGCUUCUUUUUUUUUUUU